GCCCGUCACAGGAACAGGAAACCUCCGCCGUUCCAAGAUGGAGAUGCGCCGUUUUCCUGUUGCCUAAAUUUGAAUAGGCCGAAACUGUAUCGUAGGAGGCGCGACGAAGUUACUUUUGUAACGAUGGCGUAUCGGUUUUCAGGUCAUGAUAAAAGUCGGCGUCGAAGAACCGACGAGACCAAAGUACAUUUUAUCGGCAAACACGAAACUUCAAGGAGCGCUCAGUUUUCAGGGAUCCGGCCAGUUUAUCCCGAUCGACGUCAAUACGAGGUUGGUAACGAACAGUUCUAGUUCCGUGAACGAUUUGGGUCGCGAAUUGCUCAAGAGUGCCGCGGAAGGCAACGUCGGUGAGGUUAAGUCGUUGUUGACAAAGGGGGCCCCGUUUCUUUCCGACUGGCUGGGCACUACCCCCUUGCAUUUGGCAGUGCAGAGCAACAAUGUGGAAGUUUGCGAGAUAUUGUUGCGGGCCGGGAUAUCGAAAGACGCGAAGAACAAAGUCGACAGGUCGCCUCUGCACUUGGCUUCCUACGAGGGCCACGUUAAAGUAGUCGAGACGCUGAUUAAGCAUGAGGCCGAAAUCGACUGCCUCGAUUUGCUGAACAUGACCCCGUUGCACUGGGCGGUCCAGAACGGCCACGCCCCCGUGGUGGAGUGCCUGUUGAAAAACGGGGCCGCGAUUCAGGUGGCGAAUAAAUUCAACUUGACCCCGGCGGCGAUCGCGUUGCAGAUCGGCAGGCAAGACAUCAUCGACCUCCUGCAAGAAUAUUCGGGACCGUCUAUAAGCGUUAAUGAAGACGAAGUGGACGUCAUGGAAGCAUCCGAGCCUGUCGUCGAAGAAGACCCGGACCAGCACCAAGUGACUUUCCUGCGUGACGAGAUCCUCAGCCAGAUCGUCGAAGAUAUGGAGGCGCAUUCAGAGGACGAGGUCGAGUCGCCGCUAUCUGCGGUGAAGUCCCUCCAGAAACAGUUGAUUCAGAGCGACAAGGAGGAGUCCAGUAUACUGAACAAGGCGAUGGAGAGCGGCCACUCGGUCGUGUUGACCGAGGCCGGUAAAGAGAUUCUCAAGUCGGUGAAGGAGUCUGAAGAGGAGGAAGCUCUGCCGAAGAAAGCGAAGAAUAUCAUCACGGUCACUCCGGAACAGUUCCUCGCAAUGAUGAAAGCGUAUUCGGCGAGGAACUUGGGCAAGGUCAAGGUGGCGCCGUCGAAGGCGUCGGUCAAACGGAUAGUGAUGCGGAAGAACAAGUUGACUCCGGUGGGGACGGCCGGGAAGGCCGUCGCGACCGAUCCGAAUUUGAAGUACACCAAGCAAGAUAUGGAGGUGGUGACGAGGCAGUUGGUCGAGGCGAAGAAACUGAUCGAGGAGUACAAGGUUAAGCUGCACCGGAAGGAGCAGGAGGCGGAACGGUACAAGAAUCAGCUCAAGGUGUUGAUGGAUUUCAGUUAGGCGACCCUCGCGUUCUAUAAUUUAUUUUUUUUUACGGCUUUUGUACAUAUUGUGAAUAAAUUUU